AUGCCGUGGUUGCUCCGGGUCUUACACACUGUCUUUCCCGCCCAGGCGUGUGCGCUUCUGGCAUGCAUCGUCCUCAUCUCCAUCAUCUACUACAAGGGGCGUCCUCCCCGCUCUCGCCUUCCUCUCCCUCCUGGUCCCAAGCCGUUACCACUGAUUGGCAACAUGCUCGACAUACCCAAGACCAUGUCUUCCGCCGAAUACCACGCUCUCUCUCAGAAAUAUGGCGAUAUCGUAUACCUCAACACCAUGGGAAAUUCAAUGAUACUCCUGGGGUCCAUGGAAGCCGCGAACGAGCUGUUGGAAAAGCGGGCUACGAACUAUUCCAACAAACCAGGGUCAGCCAUGGCGGAUCUUAUGGAGAUGGGGUGGAACUUGGCGCUGAUCAACUACAACGACUACUGGCGCAAGCAGCGCCGUGAGCUCCACCGCUUCAUUGGACAGCCCGCUGCUAUCGCUCAGCACGGACGCUUACUGGAAAAGCAUGCCGCAACCUACCUUGUCUCCCUGCUGAAGGACCCUGGCCGCUACAGCGAAGAUGCGCACCUAACGCUCGGGAAGGUGAUCAUGGAGCUCUCAUAUGGCAUCAAGGUGACGACGCACGACGACGAUUACCUGAAGCUCGUGCAGGAGGGGAACGACAUCUUCAUGAAGGCCUUUGUCCCCGGCAAGUAUCUCGUCGAGACCUUCCCGGUGCUCAAGCACAUCCCCGCGUGGUUUCCGGGCGCGAAAUUCAGGCGCGAGGCGGACGAAUGGCGCGCGACGUACAGAGCCUUCGCUCAGAUGCCGUUACAGCAUCGCGGAGAUGAAGCGGCGGCGGCGUCUGUCGCAGGAGUCACGGUCAGGUCCGCGCAAGACGAACACGGGCGUAUCUCCCCGGACGACGAGGUGCUCGCACAGAACGUCGCGGGCACGGUCUAUCUCGCGGGAGCAGAAACGACGCUGACGACCAUCCGGAUGUUCUUCCUCGCAAUGGCCACGUACCCGGCGGUGCAGAAGCGCGCGCAAGAGGAGCUCGACGCGGUCGUGGGACCCGACCGCCUCCCGACGCUCGCGGACCGCGCGGCGCUGCCAUACGUCGACGCCGUUCUCAAGGAGUGUCUGCGGUGGCACCCGAUCCUGCCCCUCGCGCUUCCGCGCACGUCGGCCGAGGACGACGAGUAUCGGGGGUACCACAUCCCUGCUGGGACGACUGUGCUCGCCCACUCGUGGGCGUUCUCUCGCGACCCGAAGCACUACCCUGACCCAGAGCGGUUCUCCCCGGAGCGGUACUUCUCGGCUGACGGCAAGCCCAACAAGAACGUGAUGGACCCCCGAACGUUCGCUUUCGGAUAUGGGCGUCGGAUAUGUCCCGGCCGCAACCUGGGGGAGGCAGCGGUCUUUGUGACGAUCGCGUCGGUCCUGCACGCGUUCAACGUCGAGCCACCGCUCGAUGAGAGCGGACGGCCUGUGGUACCCAAGCCGAAGUUCGCGACCAACUUCCUCUCGGACCCGGAGCCGUUCGACUGCCGGAUCACGGUGCGUUCCGCAGCAAUGGAGAGGUUGGUCCAGAUAGCAGCGGCGUGA